AUGAAGGGGUUGAAAAACCGCGUGCUGUCAAGAACAAAGCAACCUACCCCAGACACUGCAACAAACACCACUUCAACGACAAACAAUAGCAAUUUCAACAUUCCCCCACAACAGCAGAUACAACAACAGCCUACUCCUUCGGCUGCUCCAAACGUAAAGGCCAACAAGGUCGCUGCAGCUCCUUCUGCUACCUCUUCCUUAUCACAACAACAGCAGUUUAAUACCAAGGACUCGGCAAAGGCUACUACCACAUCACCGACUUCAUCUGCUGGAAGCAUCCCAGCUAGUGUAAACACUUCGGCUUCAAACGCAAAGGCAUCCAUUUUCGGUAAAAAGGAAGAGUCGCGGCAGGGAAAUAUGGAAACGUCUAUAAAUUCAAUCUCGCUUACAAAAGAUGCAUCAAAAUCAUCGGGAUUGGGACAUAAAGGAGCCGCUGGUGGCGAAGUGCCCAAAUCUGGUGCUCUAAAUCGUUUAAAAAUGUCACCGAAAGAUGCCAUUCCUCUCAGUAAAACACCACGUAGACAACGAUCGUCUAGGUUUCAUGUUACAGAAAAGGUGGAAUUGGAGAAGCUGGUUGGAUUUAAAGAUGUGGCGCCUGGUGAACGUCAAGAUCUUUUUUUGAGAAAGAUUGCUCAAUGUUGUGUCUUGUUUGACUUUAAUGAUGCUCUGUCGGAUCUAAAGGGCAAAGAGAUAAAAAGGCAGACAUUAACAGAAUUGGUGGAUUAUAUUACAAACAAUCGUGGCGUUAUUGCCGAUGCUAUAUAUCCUGAAGUCGUCAAUAUGUUUGCCAUAAACCUCUUCCGAACGAUACCACCACAAGUCAAUCCCACAGGCGAUGCCUUUGAUCCAGAAGAAGACGAACCUGUAUUAGAAAUGGCUUGGCCACAUCUUCAAAUUGUAUACGAAUUCUUUUUGAGAUUUAUUGAAUCUCCCGACUUCAACACCAACAUUGCCAAAAAGUACAUUGAUCAGCACUUUAUUCUUCAGCUCUUAGACUUGUUUGACAGUGAAGAUCCUCGUGAACGUGACUUUUUAAAGACAACACUACACAGGAUUUACGGCAAAUUCCUAAACCUACGAGCAUUCAUUCGUCGAUCCAUUAAUAACGUAUUCUUCCAAUUCAUUUACGAGAAUGAACGACAUAACGGUAUAGCUGAGCUAUUGGAAAUCCUUGGAUCUAUCAUCAAUGGAUUUGCACUACCACUUAAAGAAGAACAUAAAGUGUUUUUGACUCGUGUCUUGAUUCCACUGCACAAGGCAAAGAGUUUGACCCUUUAUCAUCCACAAUUGGCAUAUUGUGUGGUACAGUUUUUAGAAAAGGACCCUUCGUUGACGGAAGAGGUCGUGUGUGGCCUUUUGAGGUUUUGGCCAAAGGUCAAUAGUCCCAAAGAAGUCAUGUUCUUAAACGAGAUGGAAGAAAUACUGGAUGUAAUUGAACCGCAAGAGUUUCAAAAGAUACAAGUGCCACUCUUUCAACAAUUGUCACGGUGUGUCUCUAGUCCGCACUUCCAGGUGGCAGAAAGAGCUCUAUACUACUGGAAUAACGACUACAUCAUCAACCUCAUUGGCGACAAUGCCUCAGUCAUUCUUCCCAUUGUCUUCUCCUCCCUGUACAGAAACUCAAAGACACAUUGGAAUAGAACAAUCCAUGGUCUUGUAUACAAUGCAUUAAAGCUAUUUAUGGAAAUUAGCCCUAAACUAUUUGAUGAAUGCACCAACAAGUACAAGCAAACACGACAAAUGGAACGAAAGAGAGCCAAGGAACGCGACGAAGUCUGGACCAAGCUCGAAUCAGUUGCUUCAACCAAUGCCACCAAACUGUUGGCAUCUGUCCCCUCAACACGAGCAGCAGCUAUUCACAUGCCAGUCCACAUCCCAAUCCCAAUAGAACCAGCUCAAGACAUGUAUGAAGAACCAGAAACUGAAACUCCACAUUCUGAGAAUCAUGAAGGUCAAGAUGGUUUGGGUGAAACUAAACAAUUCGAGGAUCGUUCAACUCCACAACGAUUCCGUAGAAAGUCUGUCCUGCCCGUUGACGAACAAGUUAUGACUGAACUGUCUCGACACAAGUCACUAGAAGAGAUGGUCACUGACAAGAACAAGGUCAAUACUGCCAUAUCGGGAUUGGACGAUGAUUGA